AUAGAUGGAAGUGCGACAUCGACGUCCUCGUAAGGAACCUCCAGUGUUCAGUACAGCUCAUAAUCUCAUUGCAAAUCUUGAUGCUUUCCCGAAAAUUGAUUCAGAUUUUCAGACUAAGUCGAGAUCUGGGGGUGGUUUGGCUCUUUUGACGUUCCUUUUCAUCGCAAUAAUGGUGGUCAUAGAGUUGAACUAUUUUUUGAGCACACAUAUAGAUUAUCAGUAUGAAGUAAAUUUCGAGACUGCGCCAAAAGUAGAGCUUAACAUUGAUAUAACAGUAGCCACGCCCUGUCAAAUGAUCGAUGCUGACGUAUAUGAUCAUAUCAGUCAAACUUCAUUUGCCGGUGAUGCAUUUCCAUCUGAACCGGCACAAUUUGAGAUGGACGAAACACAAGCUAAAUAUUACGAUUUCUUGAGGCGAAGCCGAGCACGGAUGUUAAACAGCUCAGUUUCUCUGGAAGAAAUUAUGUUUGCACAAGUUGAAAGAGGGAAAGACUUCUCAAGCUCAAUCGCAAUGUCGGAUUUAUCAGAAAAAAAGGAAGACGGAGAGGAUUUUAAGGCGUGUCGCUUCAAUGGGUCAAUUUUAGUCAAUAGACAUGCUGGAACUCUUCAUAUAAUAUCUGGGAAGCAAAUUAACCUGGGAAUUGGAGGGAGUUUCCACGCUCAUAUUCAAAUGCCAGGUGCUGGCAAGUACAAUUUCUCACACCGAAUCGACCAUUUGUCCUUCGGAGCGGUGAAAGUGCCUAUGAUUGGAGCAUUGGACAGCGAGUUGAAAAUAACCGAGCAUGAGAAUCAAGAGUAUCAGUAUAGGAUGACAGUUGUUCCUGUUGGCAUUGAGACUUUUAAGAAUAAGAUAACGACUUAUAGGUUCAGUGUUACCGAGAAAGAGAAAAUCAUCGACCAUUCUCACGGAACACACGGCCAAUCAGGGAUAUUCUUCAAGUACGAUUUCGCAUCUCUUAAAAUCAUAGCCAAGGAAAAACGGAAACCUGUAGUGCAAUUUCUAGUCAGAAUAGUUGGAAUAAUUGGCGGUGCUUUCUCAUUGUCAAGUUUCUUCUUUUUCGCUUAUGAUUUUAUUACUUGUAAAGGUCGAGUGGAGGAAAGUUGAUUUCUGUUUCGAAUAAAAGGACUAUUCUGUUAGUUAGUGGAUUUCUAUAAGAUAAAAAAAUAAUCUUAUGGCAUCAGUUUUUGGCGACUAUUCUUAUGGCGACCAGCACUAAUAGGUUUCUAAAGGCGCCUUCCGUGCCUAUAGAUACUAAUUUUGAAGGCAAGCGCGCGUAGAAAAACUGAAUUUAUGGUUAAAAAAUCCCAGAAAUGGCAUUUUUGACUUGCUUGUACUGAGAGCGCUCUGAAACUAAUUUGGUCAACCUCAAAUAAAGUUCGACAGAUUUUUGAAAAUCUGCCCUUCGAGAAACUCCUAGAUUCACAUCUGGUUUAGACGAUUUCUGGUUGAUAGUUUUUUGAAGGGCAAAAGGUUAACUGCGAUGGUAGGGAUCAGAAUAGUCCAAGCUAAGCUAAAGGAAAAAUAACUUCUAAAAGUGAUCGCGAGUCCGACAACCAGGUCACUAGAGGCUUGAUUUGGGGUUCUGCUCUGCAGUAUAAAUUAAUUGUCAUUUAUUAAUAUUUCAUUUUUAGUUAAUGUUGUUAUAAGUUUUUGCUUCAAAUAAUUUAUACUAUUGCGAUGAAAAUAUGAUUCACAGAAAGAAGUAUGGAAUCAGUUUCAUGCCCUUGUAAAUAGCAAAGUUUCCCGAAGGGUGCUAUAAAUAAAUUUUACCUGUCAAAAUUCAAUUGGUUAUAUGUUCA